GGUUUUAAGAAACUAUGUUACUCCUUGUUUUGUGCUUAACUUAAUUUUUUUUUCCCUAAUCGGUAUCGGAUCAACCAGUAAAAGUUCAUUUCCAAACUACAGUCGGAUAAACCUUAUCCACACCCCAGAACUAAUCAACUAUGGUGGUCCAACCAUGGAAAACCCGCCUAAAACUCCCGCUUAACGAUCAAUUUCACUCUAAACAACGGCCAUUUCAUCAAUGGAGAAAUUUUCUGCUAAUUCUACUUUCUACUGCUUCACUUCUCCUCUACUUCAAACCCCUUCUUCAUUCUCGAAGCUUCCAAAAUUCACUUCUCAUUCUAUUGGAGGUAUUGUCAAUGGCGCAGUUGAAACUCCAGUACUAUCUCUUUCUCUCUCAUCUUCGCAUUUACAUUACAUAUCUGAUUACUUUGAUGAUCCUGGAAAGAUUAGUACCUUGAAUUUAGUUAAACAAGUGCAUACCCAUGUGAUAAAAUUACCCAAAAUGGGGAAUUCAGAUGUUUUUGUUGAGGAAUUGAUUAGUUCUUAUUUGAAAUUUCGAGAUUUUGAGUCAGCUGUGAUGGUUUUUUUUCUGGGUUUUGGGAGGAAUUUUAUGAUGUGGAGAUCGUUUUUGGAGGAAUUUAAGAGUUUUGGUGGAAACCCAGUUGAGAUUCUUGAGGUUUUCAGUGAAUUACAUAGAAAAGGAGUGAAUUUCGAUAAUCGAAUUUUGACUGUUGUGUUGAAAAUCUGUGCAAUUUUGAUGAAUAAGUGGUUAGGGGUUGAAGUUCAUGCUUCUUUGAUCAAGAGGGGUUUUGAUAUGGAUGUUUAUUUGAAUUCUGCAUUGAUGAAUUUUUAUGGAAGAUGUUGGGGAACAGAUUUUGCAGAUAAAGUGUUUGAUGAAAUGCCUGAACGAGGAGUUUCGUUGUGGAAUGAAGCCAUUGUUGCGGCUCUUCAGAAUGAGAGUCCAAUUAAGGCCCUGCAAUAUUUUCAGGAAAUGCAGUUUUUGUUUGUGAAAGCUGAUAGUUUUACGAUUGCCAAAGCUUUACAAGCUUGUUCUAAAGGGAGAACUAUCGAUGAGGGAAGGCAAGUUCAUGGGUACGUGUUUAGACAUGAGAUGGAAAAGGACUUAGCAAUAUGCAAUUCUUUGAUCAACAUGUAUGCAAAGAAUGACAAGGUAGAAUUAGCUAGGAGACUUUUCGAUUCUACGAAGAAUUGCAAUUUAUCUUCAUGGAACUCAAUGAUUUCUGCUUAUGCUUCUCAUGGUUACUUUGAUGAUGCAAUGGAGCUGUUUUAUGAGAUGGCGUCUCACAAUGUGGAACCGGACAUAGUAACGUGGAAUUGCCUUUUAUCGAGUCAUUUACAACAUGGGUUGUAUCAUCAAGUCGUGGCUAUUCUACGUGAUAUGCUUGUAGCAAAAUCAAAGCCAAACUCCAGCUCAAUCACCCCCGCAAUUCAAGCCUUAACAGAGUUGGAUUGGAUCAAAUUAGGGAAGGAAAUUCAUUGUUAUGUUCUCAGAAAUGGAUUGAACUGUGAUUUAUAUGUGCAAACGACAUUGUUAGACAUGUAUGUUAAGAUGGAUGAACUGGUCAAAGCUCAAGCAGUGUUUGACCUCAUGAAGGCUAAAAAUAUUGUUGCCUGGAAUUCUUUAAUUUCUGGGUAUACCUCCGAGGGUCUAUUUGAUGAUGCUAUGAGGUUGUUAAAUCAAAUGGAAGAGGAAGGCAUAAAGCCAGAUAUAGUUACAUGGAACUCUCUGCUUUAUGGUUAUUCAGUGAAUGACCGCGUAAAGGAUGCAUUGGCUGUGGUAGAGAAAAUGAAGAUUUUGGGUAUAAAACCUAACGUGGUUUCAUGGACUGCUCUUAUAUCAGGUUGUUCCCAGAACGGAAAAUAUAAGGAUUCUAUAACCUUUUUUAAUCAAAUGGUGGAAGUAGGUAUAGACCCUAACUCGGCCACUAUAUCUAGUUUACUUCAAGCUUCUGCAGGCAUGUCUUGGCUUAAAAAAGGUAAAGAGAUACAUAAUUGGUGCAUAAGAAAUGGGUUUGACGAAGAUGUUUUAGUGGCGACAGCUCUUAUGCAGAUGUACAUCAAGUCGGGAAGUCUGCAGAGUGCCUCUGAGAUUUUCCGAUGGAUGAAAAACAAGACAGUUGUCACUUGGAAUUGCAUGAUUAUGGGGUUUGCAGUUUACAACCAUGGGGAAGAGGGAAUUAUGCUUUUCAAGAAUAUGUGUAAAACGGGAAUUCAUCCUGAUACCAUCACUUUCACUGCUCUUCUAUCAUGCUGCAAGAACUCAGGUUUGCUUGAUGAGGGCUGGAAAUAUUUUGAUGGUAUGAAGGCUGAUUACGGCAUAGUGCCUACUGUUGAGCAUUACUCUUGCAUGGUUGAUCUUCUAGGAAGAGCUGGGUAUCUUGAUGAAGCUUGGGAAUUUGUUAAAACAAUCCCCGUUAAACCAGAUGCUUCCAUUUGGGGUUCUAUACUUCAGGCCUGCCGAGUCCAUAACAACUUGAGGCUUGGAAAAAUUGCAGCCAAAAACCUUUUUGAGCUAGAACCAAAUAAUUCUGCUAAUUUUGUUAUAAUGAUGAACUUGUAUGCAAUGUCAAGCAGAUGGGAAGAUGUAAGUCGUGUAAGACAAGAGAUGACUGCUCGAGGAUUGAGAAUUCAACACGGGUGGAGCUGGAUAGAGAUUUACAGUAAAGUUCAUAUAUUCAGCGAAGAAAAACCUCAUCCAGAUACAGGAAAUAUAUACUUUGAGCUGUAUCAGCUGGUUCAUGAGAUGAAGAAAGCAGGUUAUAUCCCUGAUGUGACAUCUGUGCACCAAGAUAUAGAUGAUACUGAGAAAGAGAAAUUACUGCUUACUCAUACUGAGAAAUUAGCCAUUACAUAUGGGUUGAUGAAUUUGAGGGAUAGUUCACCAAUAAGGGUGAUUAAGAGCACUAGAAUGUGUUCCGACUGUCAUAAUGCCGCAAAAUUCAUCUCUGUGGUAAGAAACCGUGAAAUUAUUCUUAAAGAUGGCAUUCGAUUUCAUCAUUUUCGAAAAGGAAGAUGCUCUUGCAACGACUGUUGGUAGUAAUGUAUAACUUGUUCGCGACUCAAUUUUGCUUAAUUAGUACAUAUGAAUAUUAUAGAUUUAUUGGAUCAGUAGGUUUCAGUUUUGCUGUUGAUUUUUGUAUCAAAGCUAAUGAGUCAUAUACAUUGGAUCAAUAUAAUGCUUAUUGCUGUCA